GUUAGUCAAACAUAAUCACUUGACAAUAAAAAUAUACUUUUUUCCCAGAUUUUAUUUCACUAGUAGUUAGAUGAAUCAGGUUCUUCAAAUUCAAAAGUUUCAAACUUUGCGUGAAAUUUCGACAUUUUGAAGAAACUGCAAGCUAUCUUUUUAUUCUCUUUCAGUUACAGUACGAUUCAAAAAACAUUGUUCAGAAUCUAGAAAGUUGUCUACUUCUGAUGGAACAACAAAAAACCGUGAAAAACAACAAAACGACAAAUAACGAGGUUGUUCUUCGAAUUUCAAACAACCAAGAAAUCAGAGAUUUUGGAGCUACCCAAGUUGCCGAAACCAGUUCUCAUUCAAAAGGGUCACAUGCAGAAGAACUCAUAGAGCUUGAGAAUGUCAGAAGCAGUUUCUUGGGUCGGUCUGAAUUUUCAAAGCCAAAAGCAAGAAUGGUGGAACCACCAUUACCAAAAGAUGCAAGCUUUGUAGCAGAAAAGACUCAAAUCAAGAAUUCCAAUUCUCCAAACAAGAAGGUUCUUCCAAGAGAUGUUCCUGAUGGAAUUGGAACUGUCAUUACCCCAAGAACUCCAUUGAUUGGUACUCCAAGGGAAGGAGAAGAAGUGGAUGAUGAUGAUGAUGAAGAAGAAGUUUACAAGACUGCAGAAAUUGAAGUGAGUAAGAGAUCUGGUAAGAAGAUGAAACUAAUGAGUUGGAUUGAGUUAUUUGCAUUUGUUUCAAUUUUGGGUUUUUUGAUUGCAAGCUUAAUGGUUCAUAAUCUGCAACAUAAGAAAAUUUGGAGUUUAGAACUUUGGAAAUGGUGUGUGCUUACAUUAGUUAUCAUCUCUGGUAGAUUAGUCACUAGCUGGUUUAUCAAUGUUCUGGUUUUCUUAAUCGAAAGAAACUUCUUGUUUAAGAAGAAAGUCUUGUAUUUUGUUUAUGGUGUUAGGAAGAGUGUUCAAGCUUUUAUAUGGUUAAGUUUGGUACUUUUGGCAUGGAGUUUAGUUUUCCACCAUGGAGUUAAGAGAACAAGAAAAGUUACUACGAUUCUUGGUUACAUCACAAGGGCACUUGCUUCUUUUGUUAUUUCCGCGGCUAUAUGGUUGGCGAAAACUUUGUUGAUUAAGCUAUUGUCUUCUCAUUUUCAAUCGACUAGGUUUUUCGAUAGGGUUCAAGAAUCGAUUUUUCAUCAGUAUAUUCUUAGGACUCUUUCUGGUCCUCCUUUGAUGGAGAUGGUGGAGAUGGUAGGUAAGAGUUCGAGUAGUGGCCGGCUUAGUUUCAAGAUGUUGGUUAGAGAUAAUGAGAAGAAAGGGACAAAAGAACAAGUCAUCGAUGUAGAGAAGCUUAAGAAAAUGAAACAAAAGAAAGUUUCGGCUUGGACUAUGAAAGGAUUGGUUGAUGUAAUUAAGAGUUCUGGAUUAUCUACCAUUAGCUAUACGCCGGAGAGUAUAUAUGAAGAAGAGAGUGAUCAGAAAGAUAAUGAAAUUACUAGUGAAUGGGAAGCAAAGGCGGCCGCGUAUCGAAUUUUCCGAAAUGUUGCCAAGCCAGGAAGCAAGUACAUUGAGAAGGAAGAUCUUUUGCAGUUUAUGAAAAUCGAAGAAGUGGAAAAUUUGCUUCCAUUAUUUGAGGGAGCAGUCGAGACCGGAAGAAUUAAGAGGAAGUCUCUCAAGAACUGGCUGGUGAAAGUCUACCUAGAACGCCGAUCUCUUGUACAUUCGCUAAAUGAUGCCAAAACAGCUGUUGAUGAAUUGAAUAACAUUGCUUCCGCAAUCGUCCUUAUUUUGGCCAUCAUUGUGUUGUUGCUUGUGAUGGGAUUCUUAACAACCCAAGUUCUUGUCUUCAUUUCAUCACAGCUUUUACUUGUGGCGUUUGUGUUUGGCAACACGGCCAAGACAGUAUUUGAAGCUAUUAUAUUUGUUUUCGUGAUGCAUCCGUUCGAUGUCGGUGAUCGUUGUGUCAUCGAUGGUGUUCAGAUGAUUGUAGAAGAGAUGAAUAUAUUGACUACAAUAUUUUUGAGAUACGACAAUGAAAAGAUAUUCUAUCCGAAUUCAGUUCUUGCGACCAAGCCAAUAAGUAACUUCUAUCGGAGUCCAGAAAUGAGUGAUUCAGUUGAAUUUUCUGUUGAUGUUUCGACUUCAAUACAAAGCAUUGGAGCUUUAAAAGCUAGAUUAAAAGAAUACUUGGAGAGUAGGCCACAACAUUGGCGUCCAAACCACAGUGUAUUGGUUAAGGAUAUUGAGAAUGUAAACAAGAUGAAAAUGGUUCUUUACGUUACUCACACGAUAAACUUUCAGAAUUCGGGCGAUAAGAACAACAGAAGAUCUGAAUUAGUUCUCGAGUUAAAGAGAAUUCUUGAAGAUCUCGAUAUUAAAUACAAUUUGCUGCCUCAAGAAGUUCGUCUCAAUCAUGUAAGAUCACAAGACAAUAAGGCAGAGACAGUUUGAAAAGUAACAUAAGCUAUGUCAUGUUUUUGUACUAUUGUAGAAUUUAGCUUCAUUCAACUGGAAAAUUGCAUAAAAAAGGCAAGUUGUCAAGUAAUAUGAAUAAACAUUGAGAACAAGUUGUGUACUUCAA